AUGGCAUUCUUCAGCAACUCUGGGAGCAAGGCCGAUUCAGGAGGGUACAACUUGAAUGAAAAGGCUGAUGAUGAGGGCAUCUAUGAGUCAGUCCGGGAUGGGAAUGUUGACCUGAACUCUAGGCAGUGGAACUUAAAUGAGAAAGCAGAGGAUGCCUACCACAGCGAAGCAGAGCAAUAUGAGGCUGGCCAGUCAGGUUUGUACUCUUCUGAGAACGCAUCAGGGCAGCAUGCCCAGAGAGGAGGCAGAUCAUCUGGUGGUCCAUGGGGCACAAAUUUUCUGAAGGAUUCCAGGUCCAAACAGACGGCCGGAGAAGUUCCAUCGAAUAGUGGUAGGGGAAUGGAUGCUGCUAGCUCGCAUGAUGACAUGGAUGGUAGCGGAGAGGAUGAUGAACUGAACAGAGCAAAUGGUGAGGUGCCUGCUGAGGAAAUGCUCUCUGAUGACUAUGACGAGCAGGACGGAGAGGAGCAGAUUGAAUCGUUGCAUCGCGGCGGGACAAAGCAAUCAAGCUGUUCCACUUCUGGUGGAGCAGCAAAGUCUGGCUCACGACAAAUGACGAAGACGUCAAAGUACAAUGCUUAUGACGACAACGACGACGAUGAGUAUAAUGAUGAGAAUGACGAUGACAAUGAUGCAGAUGAAGAUGAUCCUGCUGACGUGGAUUUUGAGCCAGAUAGCGAAACAGACAAGGCUACUGAUAAGGAUAAGUUUAUGGAUAGUGAGAAUUCUGAUGGCGAUGACGAUGAUGAUCUUGAACUCUCAGAUGAUGAAGAUGAUGAUUUUGUUGAGAAUCGGAGGCAACCUAAACGACUUAAGAUUGUAGCAACUAAAACUUCCAAGGGAAGAAAGUUGCCCAUGCCAGCUCAACGAAAACGAGGGGUGUCUCACAGUGAUGAAGAAUAUUCUUCAGGAAAAGACUCAGAUGUUCCCAGCGAUUCUGAUUUCAAACACAGAUCGAAAAAACCUGACAGGUUGCAUCAGAAACCUGUGGGCCGCAGUGACGUUGCCCCAAUCAAUUCUCAUAAUGAGCUUCGAACUUCUGGAAGGAGGAGGACGGUGAAAAAGAUCUCAUAUGCUGAAAGCGAAGAAAGUGAUGAUAGUGAGGAGAAGUCAACUAAACAACAAAAGCUCAUGAAGGAGGAGCCUGAAGAGGAAGAUGGAGAAACAAUCGAAAAAGUUCUUUGGCAUCAACCCAAGGGUGUAGCUGAAGAGGCAAUAAGGAAUCACCAGUCAGCUCAACCUACUGUUGUCAGCCUAACAUCGGAUUUCAAUCAACAGUGGGAUGAAUUAGAGUUCUAUAUAAAAUGGAAAGGCCAGUCUUACCUGCAUUGUCAAUGGAAGACAUUAUCAGAACUCCAAAAUGUUAGUGGAUUCAAGAAGGUAAUAAAUUACACGAAAAGAGUUGCCGAGGAACAGAGGUACAAGAGGGCACUAUCACGUGAAGAGGUUGAGGUGCAUGAUGUGGGCAAGGAGAUGGAGCUGGAUCUUAUUAAACAAUAUAGUCAGGUUGAACGGAUAUUUGCUGAUAGGGUCAAAGCUGAUGGAGAUGAUCUGGUUAUCCGAAUAUUUAGUCAAAUGGCAUGGGACUUCCUUAUGCAGAAUCUACCUGCUAGUUUGAGGAGGCUUGAUGACCAGCCAGAAUGGCUAAAAGCUGGCAAGCUUCGUGAUUAUCAGUUGGAAGGACUAAACUUUCUUGUCAAUGGGUGGAGAAACGAUACUAAUGUUAUACUUGCUGAUGAAAUGGGUCUGGGAAAAACUAUCCAAUCUGUUUCCAUGCUUGGCUUCCUUCAUAAUGCUCAAGAAAUCAAUGGCCCAUUUCUUGUAGUUGUGCCACUGUCAACAUUGUCGAACUGGGCAAAGGAAUUUCGAAAGUGGCUGCCCAACAUGAAUGUUGUCAUUUAUGUUGGCAACCGUGCCAGCAGAGAGAUGUGCCAGCAGCAUGAAAUUUUUUCAGACAAGAAGGGUGGGCGUCAUGUAAAAUUCCACACAUUGAUAACUACAUACGAGGUGAUUCUCAAGGACAAAGCGGUUCUUUCCAAGAUCAAAUGGAACUAUCUUAUGGUUGAUGAAGCCCACCGGUUGAAAAAUUGUGAAGCGUCACUGUAUACAACCCUUUUGGAAUUCAGCACUAAGAACAAGCUGCUUAUCACUGGAACACCUUUGCAGAACAGUGUGGAAGAGCUUUGGGCAUUACUUCAUUUCCUUGAUCCAGUCAAAUUCAACAGCAAGGAUAGUUUUGUUGAGAGAUACAAAAAUUUGAGUUCGUUCAACGAAACUGAGCUUGCGAAUUUGCAUAAGGAAUUGAGGCCUCAUAUUCUACGGCGGGUUAUAAAAGAUGUUGAGAAGUCUUUACCUCCUAAAAUUGAGAGGAUUCUACGUGUCGAGAUGUCACCCCUUCAGAAACAGUACUACAAGUGGAUUUUAGAGCGGAAUUUUCAGAAUCUAAAUAAAGGAGUCCGUGGGAAUCAGGUAUCACUUCUUAACAUUGUUGUUGAAUUGAAAAAAUGCUGCAACCAUCCAUUCUUGUUUGAAAGUGCCGAUCAUGGUUAUGGUGGAGAUAGCAUUGGUGAUCGGAAUAAAGUUGAACGCAUUGUUAUGAGUAGUGGGAAACUUGUCUUGUUGGACAAACUAUUGGUGAGACUGCGGGAGACUAACCAUCGUGUGCUUAUAUUCUCACAGAUGGUUAAGAUGUUGGACAUCCUUGCAGAAUACCUCUCUCUUCGGGGAUUUCAGUUUCAGAGGCUUGAUGGUAGUACAAGAGCAGAUCUUCGUCAUCAAGCCAUGGAACAUUUUAAUGCUCCUGGAAGUGAUGACUUCUGUUUUCUUUUAUCCACACGUGCCGGAGGACUUGGUAUUAAUCUUGCAACUGCAGAUACAGUGAUAAUUUUUGAUUCAGAUUGGAAUCCGCAAAAUGAUCUGCAGGCCAUGAGUAGGGCACAUAGGAUUGGCCAACAGGAGACUGUUAAUAUCUACCGCUUCGUCACAUGCAAAAGUGUUGAAGAGGAUAUUUUGGAACGCGCAAAGAAAAAGAUGGUUCUUGAUCACUUGGUUAUUCAGAAGCUAAAUGCUGAGGGCAGGCUUGAGAAGAAAGAAUCCAAAAAGGGUGGCUCCAUAUUUGACAAGAAUGAACUUUCUGCUAUCUUGAGGUUCGGUGCAGAGGAAUUGUUCAAAGAAGACAAGACUGAUGAAGAGACCAAGAGGAACCUUGAAAGUUUGGACAUUGAUGAAAUUCUUGAGAGAGCUGAGAAAGUCGAGACAAAGGGUGGUGAAGGGGAGGAAGGAAAUGAGCUUCUUAGUGCUUUCAAGGUCGCAAACUUUUCCAGUGGCGAAGAUGAUGCAACAUUCUGGAGUAGGCUGAUACAGCCAGAUCCUGCAGAUAUGAUUCAGGAAACCUUGGCACCUCGUGCUGCACGAAAUAAAAAGAGCUAUGUUGAAGAUCCCCAGCUUGACAAAAAUAAUAACAACAGGAAAAGACGGGCAGUUGAAGCACAAGAAAAGCCAAGGAGGCGUUCUGGCAGAACUGUGGAAACAGUUAAUUCAUUACCAUUGGUUGAUGGAGCAGUAGCUCAAGUACGAGAGUGGUCUUUUGGUAAUGUUCUAAAGAAGGACGCUUCUCGUUUUGUACGAGCGGUCAAAAAAUUUGGGAAUGCAACCCAGAUUGGAUUAAUCGUGGAUGAUGUUGGUGGUGUACUUGCGAAGGCACCACAUGAAGCGCAAAUAGAGCUAUUUGAUUUGCUGAUUGAUGGUUGUCAGGAAGCGGUUAAAGAGAAUACGGAUAUCAAGGGCACAGUUUUGGAUUUUUUCGGUGUAGCAGUGAAGGCCUACGAAUUGCUAGCUCGUGUUGAAGAGCUUCAGUUCUUGGCAAAGCGAAUUGCACCUGAUGAUGCUAGAUUGAUGGUUGGAAUUCAUUGGUAUGGCUACGGGAAUUGGGAGAAAAUACGGUUGGAUCCAAAGCUUGGCCUGGCAACAAAAAUUGCACCAGGAGCACUUGGUGAGAGAGAGACAUUUUUACCACGUGCUCCAAACUUGGAUAACCGCGCUAGUGCUCUCCUGCAAAAGGAAUAUGCUAAGUUUAGUGGUAAGAGCUCAAAAGUCAAAGGAAAUGCCCGCCAGACAGUCAAUAACGACAGUAAUAGUGGAGCUCGAUCAAUGAGGGGCCGACAAAAGGAUGUACCAGAAAAAGAGGAUAAUAAGCCGAACAAAGAUGACAUUCAGAAGCGCAAGGUAAUAGUGGAAGCUGAAGCAAGAGAAGAAGGUGAAAUUUCUGAAUCGGAGGCAGAGACAAAGUAUCGUCUGGACAAAGAGGAGAAGUGGCUUGAAUGGUGCUCUGAAGUUUUAGAUGAGGAGCAGGAUACUUUGAAGCGCCUGGAUAGGCUGCAGAAUACAAGUGUAAACCUCCCAAAGGAAAAGGUUCUUUCAAGAAUUCGCAAGUAUCUCCUGAUAAUUGGGGACAAAAUUGGAGAAGUUGUCCGGCAACACAGUGAAUCUUAUAGGCAAUCCCGCAUGACCAUGAGGUUAUGGAAUUAUGUUGCCACCUUUUCAAAUAUGUCUGGGGAGCAACUGCAUGAUCUCUAUUUGAAACUUAGUCAAGACCAACUGGAAGGUGGAGUUGGCCCAUCUCAUGGUGGCAAUUUUGCAUCCGUUCCUCCCAAUAAGGGAGGUAACUCAAAUCAACUUCAUCCUUCGAGAAACCAAAGGCCAACUAGGCCUCUCCAGUACAAUUCUGAGUCUUUCCAUAAUAAUGAGAGCUCUGGAAGUUCUGAAGCAUGGAAGCGUCGACGGAGAGCUGACCCAGAUAAUCAAUUUGACACCCAGCCUUUGUAUCAACCUCCAAUUAUGACAAAUGGUAAUAGGCUGCAGGAAUCUAGUAGUUCUGCAGGUAUUCUUGGUUGGGGUCCAGUUGAAAUGAGACGGUAUGGUAAUGAAAGGCCAAAACGUGGUGUUCAUCCUAGUCAUUUUACUACUGGGCAUGGACCUUUGCUGUUAGUAGGUGCUCAAAACCAUUCUACAAAUCAUUUGGAUAUCCGGAAGUUGGAUGAGGCCUACUUUGCCCUGGUUGACCCACACUCUGCUAUUUAG